AUGCCUUCGAUACCUCUAAAGACGGGCCCUUACACCAUCCUACCCCUCCGUGUGCCCGCUAUCGCCGCCUACCCCCAUGAGACAUCCCACUAUCUCUACGUUCGACAGCAUGCGCCGCGGAUGGAGGACGCAGACACACCACGCUCGCUUUUUGUGGCAAACCUCCCUAUAGAUGCGACGGAGGGGUCUCUACGGAAGCUGUUUGGAGAACAACUCGGCGGGGCUAAAGUUGAAAGUGUGGAGUUCGAUGGGCUGCGAUCGAAGAAAGGCGGGAGCAUUCCGUUGCUAGACAACGUAGCAAGUGGGACAGUAGUGGUUUUGAAGCCGGGCAGAAAAAGGAAGCGCAAUGCGGAGGAUGUGCCCCAGGAGUUGGAGCUGCCCGGUAUAUGGGAUCAGGAGGUACUCAAAAGUGGAAGCAGUGCUGUGGUCAUAUUUGUCGACAGGGCGAGCGCGGAGUCGGCGCUGAAACAUUGCAAAAAAGCGGCGAAGACCCAGAAGGGAGUUCAGUGGAUAUCUGAGGCCGGACUAGGCGAGAGGCGAUAUCUCACUCAUCACACCCUCCGCUAUCCCCCUAAACCGACCUUGCAGAGCCGUGUCAACAACUACAUGGCCGCAUACCACGCCCUGGAAACCGCUCGCUCCCGCGCACAAGCAAAGCAACGCAACUUACCCGACGAAGAAGGCUUUGUUACGGUGACCCGCGGUGGACGAGUUGGGCCGGCUCGCCUAGAAGAGACGCAAGCGGUUGCUGAGAAGCUGAAAGAGAGGCAGAAGAAUGCGGUCAAAGAUGAUUUCUACAGGUUCCAGACGAGAGAAAAACGGAAAGAGCGGGAGGCGGAGUUGAGGAAAGGAUUUGAAAAAGAUAGAAGAAGGGUGGAGGAGAUGAGAAGGCGUAGGGGCGCUGUCCGGCCCGAGUGA